AUGCUCUGGCGCGCUGAGUGCGACGACUCCGCACCAAACCUGGCCGGCCUCACGCUGCUCUAUGUAGCGAUGGCGAAUAACGGCAACGGCGGUCAGGUCGCCGCGAGGUACAUAGCGGGGGCUGGCAGAAUGGCCAAGCGAAUGCGACUUUUUGGCAUCGCCGAUAGAGUCACUGCUUUGGAGUCGCGCCUGCAGAGAGAAGAAGCACAGUACGCGUUCAGACAGGCGACGUGGGGCCCGUUCAACGCCUACAAAGGGUCGUCGCUUUUCGAGCGGUUCUCCACGAACGUGCUGUAUGGGAUGAAGGUGCAGAGGGCGGCCGGGAAAAUCCAGAUACAAGUUCCUUUGUAA